CUCUUCUAUACGACUCUUCUAUGGAGUCAUACAUCCACAAAGAAGGCUUCCUAAAACCUCUGGUGUACCGUGUGUAUAAAGAGGUGUAAAAUGAUAUGUACACAAAGAAAAAUACUAAGGAGAUAGGGGAAGAAUGCAAUUAAAAGGGAAAGGACAGAGACAUCCCCUAUAAAUGGAAAUAACCAGUGUAUAAAUGCAAAUGUCUGUUGAGUCUGUCUGACCUAAGAUACCAGGUUUCUUCCUUCUCCUGAUAAAAAAAAGUAUGAAAUUGUUACUGCCAUGGCUGGUGUUUCUCUCUUUGCAACAAUGGGUGUUCCCCAUUAUACCCUCUCAAGCUUCCACUGAGAGAGAGAACAUCCACAGCUUAAUAAACUCCACAAUUUUCAAACCAAAGGAAGUCCCCCUUUCAGAAGAGUGGCCUGCUCUGGAUCAAGAAGGUGAUGCCGCCAGAGCUUUUCUUUAUUCUUCUUCUUCUUCUCCUCCCCCGUCUUCAGUAUAUGUUGGCAACCAGAAAGGGCUGAGGAGGGCCGAUAAGAUCCGUUCCCUGCCGCAGCAACCUGCCGGAGAGAAGUUUAACCAAUAUUCAGGCUAUGUUACGGUUGACCCCAAGGCCGGAAGAGCUUUGUUUUAUUACUUUGUUGAAUCUCCCCAGAAUUCCUCUGCCAAACCUCUACUUUUAUGGCUAACCGGAGGACCUGGUUGCUCAUCGAUUGGAGCUGGAGCACUUUUGGAAGUUGGUCCUUACAAAGUUAAAAGUGAUGGGAAAACAUUGUACAGGAACGAUUAUGCUUGGAACAAGGUGGCAAAUGUGAUAUUCCUGGAUUCGCCUGCCGGUGUGGGAUUUUCCUAUUCCAACACAACCAAUGACUAUAAUACCACCGGAGACAGAAGAACAGCCACAGAUUCACACGUCUUUCUUGUAAAUUGGCUUGAAAGAUUCCCGCAGUACAAGACACGGGAUUUCUACAUAGUGGGAGAAAGCUAUGGUGGUCAUUAUGUGCCUGAGCUUGCUUACACCAUUUUAGCCCAUAACAAGCAUUCCCGGAAACAAUUCAUCAACCUCAAAGGCAUUAUUGUUGGAAAUGGUUUCCUGGAUCUUGAUUUAACAUUGAAAGGAAACAUGGACUAUUUAUGGUCACAUGCAUUGAUCUCAGAUGCAUCUCAUGAGGCAAUUACCAAGUAUUGUGACUUUGUUCAUGGCAACUAUUCUACCAUCUGCAACCUGUACGUAUUGAAAGCACGGUUGGACAGUGCGCUUGUUCCUAUACAUUACAUUUACGAGCCUUCUUACUGCAACCCCAAUGCAACAAAACCCAAGUCUCCUAGUUCGGGAUAUGAUAAAUGCUCGGGCUUAUAUGUGGCGGCUUACCUCAACAGGAAGAAUGUGAAAAGUUCUUUUCAUACUGUCGAUACCAUCUGGAGAGAUUGCAGCGAUAAAGUUGGGCUGGCGAACUGGAAGGAUGCACCUAGAACAGUUGUCCCCAUACUCAAACAGCUAAUUGCAGAGAACAUAAGCAUAUGGCUUUAUAGUGGGGAUGCAGAUGAAAUAGUAUCAGUAACAGCAACAAGGCUUGUAAUAGACAGUAUGAAGCUUCCUGUGAAGACUGCCUGGCGUCCAUGGUUGUCUAACAGUGGCCAGGAGGUUGGCGGGUACGUGGAAGAGUACAAGGGGUUGACACUUGUCACAAUACGAGUAGCCGGGCACGCACCCCCUAGCUACCAACCAGAGCGAGCACUCACUAUGAUUACAUCUUUUCUUCAAGGGAAACUUCCCCCCGGCUUAACUAGCUAGAACAAGAUUACACUCCAUCCAGACAGUGCUAUUAUAUUCUUAUUACUGUUGUGUGCAAUGAAACUACAUAAUAAUGUGAUUCUUCAAUCAUCUCAAUAAACGAUUGAAUAUUGUUCAAAAACAUGAGAGCAAUCUCCUCAUCUCCUUGAUUCAGAAAUAAUGAGAGAAUAUUAAUGAAGCACAGUUACCAAGAGAGUAAAACAUGCAAAUAUGUCUUAAAAGGGAAUGAAGAAGACAUCGAUUACAAUGAUAGAGAUGCUUCAAAUAUUUCUAUCUUAAGCCAUGUCUAGAACUCAAAUUAUACUAGUGGGGAUCGAUAAAUAAACGUUAAAGCCCUUCAUGGUUCAUAUUCUGGAUUGGGUUAAUCCAUGUAGUAAUCGGAUCAAUUAAGGUUGAGGUAUAAAAGUAGAAGAACUCAACGUGAUUUGAUUAUUUGAAAGCAAAUCAAGUGUUCACAAAAUAUCAAAUUAUAUCAAGUUGAGUUCUGAAGACUAUUUUAUUCACAAAACAGAAAUAAAAAAUCUUUGGAUGGUUUUUUUAUGAGAAAAUUAUCUAACUAGGAGUAAAAGGUAGCCAAAAAUCACAAAUGAUAAUACAUUGUACGAAGUAUUAAAUUCCCUAGUAGGACUAAUUAUAUGUGUUUGGAUAAAUAUAUACAUGUAGCUUUUUGGACUAAAAUAAAAUAUUUAAUAAAAUUAAUAGAAUAAAAAAUUAGAAAAAUAAAAAUUACUACCCC